AUGGGAAAACCCAAACUAACACCAAUAAAGCAGCCAAACCCGAAAAAUGAUAAGAAAUCGGAAACAUUUUCGGACAAAAUCAAGAAAAACAAACUGAAAUUUGCAUUAUUGCUCAUAUUAGUCAUUCUUCCUUUUGUAUUUCUGCCAAUUUCAAUAUAUUUCACAUUCAAAGAUUCUGAUGUUCAAUUUGUUGAAAGUGAUAUGCACGAGACAUCUAAAGGUUAGUUUUUUUUUAAUUUUAAUUGCGAUUUUUCUAUUUAUUCACUGUUUCAGAUGUUGAUCAACGAUUGAAUGAUAUUCAAAAUAAAGUUCCGGACAAAAUUGGAGAACUAGAGGUGUUAUAUGAACAACAAUCAACCGGUUUCAUUGAAAAAUAUCAACAAAAACUUGGAUUGGAAUUUUUACAAAAACCAGGUGUUUACGAAAUGGAGGAAAGAGAAAUCAAAUCGAUUUUCGAGAUUUUGAAUGCCGACGAUUUGCAAGCUUGUGAUGCAAUAGCUAGAAGUAUUACAAAGGAGGAUUUCAAAAAAGUUUUAACCGAUCUAGAAACAUCUAGGAUUACUUUAGUCAACAAUAUUGGCAACACAUUUACUAAUUCUAAAAAAGAUUGGAACUUGAAAACUGUUGAAGAGAUAGCAAUGAUAACAAAACAUUUAAUAACAAUCACAGAUUUAUUAAAGUUUUUGUCUAAAUAUGCUGAAGAAAAAGCAAAAAAUCCUGAUGUUAAGAAAUAUGAGAAACAAAAAGACAAUUGGACAGAAACGAAUGGAUUGAAUCAAAGUUUAAUAUUGUUUUUUGCAAUAUCAGUUGCUAUUUUAUAUUUGCUUCUAGUUAUCACAAGAUGUCUUUUUGAACUUGAGAAAAUGUCAACGAAGACAUAUAAACGAUUGUUUUAUUUUCAACUAGCAGUUGCAAUUAUUUUUGAAAUUUGUUUGCUUAUUAUAACAAUUUUAUCAUUCUCCUCAACUGGAGGGUUCAAAUAUGAUUGUAAUUUGAGUGUUGAUUUUGAUUCCGGAAACAACAACAACACUUGGUAUAGUUUCAAUAAAGAGAAAAUAGAUGAAAAGUUUGUUGGAAUCAUUAGAAACAUUUAAAAAUGCUAGAUUUUCAGGAAAAUCACAUCGGUUUGUGAAAAAUCAAAGAUCAACGUAUUGGAUGGAUUGAACAUGAUGAUCAAUAAACAAGUAGUCGAUAAAUAUAUAUCAUCGAUUGAGAGUGCAACAAAUAAUGUCACAAAUCCCAAAUUAGAAAAUAUUUGGAAUGAGUUUGAAGUGAAUAUGAAUAAAUUGCGAGAAAUCAAUGAAAAAAUGAAACAAGUUGAGAAUGGAGCGUGUAUCAAUAAGAUUGUGAAAAAACAAUUAUCAAGUAAAAGAAAACCACUGGAAACUUUGAUCACAAAUACUAAUAAUUUGCUGACGGCUGUGAAAGAGAUUGGUGUGAAAUGGAAAGACGAAACAACCAGCAUGAAACAGGAUUUGAAAUCAUCGGGAGAAAAGUUGAAAAAGUUGUCUUUGAGUUUGUUUGCUUCAUUAAAUGUGAGUUUGAGUCAAUUAAUCUCAUAAAUAUGUGAAAUACUUGACAUUUCAGGCGAUUCUUGAGGAAAGCGACAUAAGUUGUUCAAGUUUCAAUGGAAAUGCUGAUGAAUUUUGUGGAAUUACCGUCCAAAAAACAUCGACAACUUAUCCAUUCGCAUAUAUAUUUCUCAUAUUGUUGUUCAUCAUUCUUAUCAUCAGUUGUAUUUGGCUCAAUUUCGAUUUUAUUCGGAAAAGAAAAAAGGAUUCUGCAAAAAAGGAUGAAAAACCGAAGGAAAAGGUAGAGGAGGGCUAUUAUUAUUUGGCUGAAAAACUAUUCAUUUACAGAAAAAUAUAGAAAAAGCGAGUCGUAUUGAGUAUACGGAUCAAACGGGCAAGACUUGUUUUUUUCCUUUAACCACCGAAGUACUGAAACAACAUGAAAUUUAUAAGGCAGAAUUGAAAAAAGAAGAGAAAAAACAGAGACGAGAGAUCAAAAAAAUGGUAGCACAGCCAAAUAUUAGAAUGAAAAGUGAAUAUAACGCCGAAGAUCUGGAGAAAUUGUUUGGCGGGAGAAAUGAGGAACCGAAGAAAGAUGAGGUUUUGGAAAAAGUUGUUUAUGAGCCAUCAUUGAAUGUGCUCUUGAAUUUUGAUGAAGAUCAUGUUGAUAUUGAACCAACGAGCAAUCAUUCGGUAUCAAGAUCGAGUAACUAUUCAAGAUCAACAACAGCAACAACAGAAAAAACUCGUACAAAUGAAAAAUGA